UUCUUCUUCUGCUUCAGCUUCAGCUUCUUCAAAUCUGAACCAGAACCAGAGCUCCAUCCAAAGUAAAACCAUGGCGCUGAAAGAAUCUUCCACUUCUCGAACUCGAAGAAACCCUCAAUUCCAAACCGAAUCAAACGAGAACGAAUUCGAAUCCAACCCUCCAAUCAACCACCCACUUCCACGAACCCCUUUGAACUCCAUUCCAGAUCCUUCUCAGUACCACGAACCUGAUCCUCUUCCACACAGGUUCGGCAAUGACACUCCCAGGUUCCCGCCUCGGAGCUCAAAACCUCACUCCGAACCGAACUCAGCUCAGAGCACGCCAGCUAGAACACUCCCCAGGGUUUCACUCGGCAGAGGAAGAAGACUCAGUUCCUCCGAUUUGCUCAAAGACGACUCGUCGUUUUCGGCGGAAAUUCCGCAUUUCGAGCUCAAAGACGAUCCCUCGUUCUGGAUGGAUCACAAUGUGCAGGUGCUAAUUAGGAUUCGACCUCUGAGUACUAAGGAGAAGCUUGCACAAGGAAAUGGCAGGUGUUUGAGGCAGGAAAGUGCGCAAACUUUGGUUUGGCUUGGUCAUCCUGAAACUAGAUUCACCUUUGAUCAUAUAGGGUGUGAGAGCUUAUCACAGGAAAAUCUGUUCAGAGUUGCAGGAGUGCCCAUGGUGGAGAAUUGCUUGUCUGGUUACAAUAGUUGCAUGUUUGCUUACGGUCAGACUGGCAGUGGCAAAACAUAUACCAUGAUGGGUGAGAUUAAAGAAACAGAAGAAUAUCCUUCCGAAGAUAGCGGGAUAACACCAAGAGUUUUUGAUUAUUUAUUUAUGAGGAUUAGAGAGGAAGAAGAGAGCAGGAAGGAUGACAAGCUGAAAUACAGUUGCAAGUGUUCGUUUUUGGAGAUAUACAAUGAGCAGAUAACUGAUCUUCUAGAACCUUCAUCAACUAAUCUACAACUUAGGGAAGAUAUGAAGAAGGGGGUAUACGUUGAAAACCUUACUGAACAUAGUGUGGACACAGUUAAUGAUGUUCUCAGGCUUUUGUUACAGGGCACUGCCAACAGAAAGGUGGCUGCAACUCAUAUGAACUGUGAGAGCAGCCGAUCUCACAGUGUUUUCACUUGUAUUAUUGAAAGCCAAUGGGAGAAAGAUUCUAUGACUCACUUUAGGUUUGCAAGGCUAAAUUUAGUAGAUUUGGCUGGUUCUGAAAGGCAGAAAAGCUCUGGAGCAGAUAGUGAGCGUUUGAAAGAAGCAGCAAAUAUAAAUAAGUCCUUGUCAACUCUUGGCUUGGUCAUAAUGACAUUGGUGGACUUAGCCCAUGGGAAGCCAAGGCAUGUUCCCUACAGAGAUUCAAGACUAACAUUUCUUCUUCAGGACUCUUUAGGUGGAAACUCAAAAACAAUGAUCAUUGCAAAUGUCAGCCCAUCCAUUUGCUCUGCUAAUGAAACGUUAAGUUCUCUGAAGUUUGCCCAGCGAGCCAAGCUCAUUCAAAACAAUGCGAAAGUGAAUGAAGAUGCUUCUGGGGACAUAAGUGCACUGCAGUGGCAAAUUCAACAGUUGAAGGGUCAACUCUCCUUCCUGAUGAAAAAUAAUAUUUCUCCAACCCCGGUAUCAAACCUGGAGCCAAAUUCUGAAAGCUGGAGGUUGAGUGAAGUGUCAGAAGUCUAUAGCUCUCUGGAAGAAAGAGUAACACCAGGCUACAAGCAACUCAUUCCAAACAAAGAGGUCAAAUGCAUGAAAACUGCUUUGGUUGGUGCCUUGAGGAGAGAAAAAAUAGCGGAGACUACAAUCCAGAAUUUAAAGGCUGAAAUUGAUUGCAUGAACUGCUUGGCUCGACAAAGGGAAGAGGAUGCUCAAAAUACUUCAAAUAUGCUGAGGCAUUGUGAGGAGAAAAUUAAACAACUUGAAUUAUUGGUAGAAGGUCAACUGUCAGCUGAGAAGUAUCUCAUGGAGGAAAACAGGGCUUUACAGGAUGAAAUUCAAUUGCUUAAAGCAAAUAUUGACAAAAAUUCAGAAUCAUCCAGACUUGCUUUGGAGAAUGAUAGGCUUUUGCAACAAUUGCAACAAUGUAAAAACUUCUAUGAGCAUGGAGAGAGGGAAAGAUUGCUGGCUGAAAAUUCUGAAUUGCGUGAUCAGCUCCUCGUCCAUCUACAAGAAAAAUACACAAUCUCCAUGAAAAAUGAAAAUCAGGACACUGGAGCAGCACAAGAGUUAAAAGAUUGCCAGAAUAUGAAUUCUAAUUUGCUUAGAGAAGUAGAUAAAUUACAAACAGAACUUGGAAAGUAUUUGAACUACAAUUCUGUUUUAAGUUCUUCAUUUGAGCAUCUUGAUGAAUUCCGGCAAAAAGAUAAAUUUUCCUUGGUUGAGGUUAUGUCUGUAAGAAGUGAUUCUGGAGAUAAUAUGCCAUCCUCUGCGUGGGAAACCGACUAUGCUUUAGCAAAUAUAAUUGAAGGAAAUGCUUCGGGUGACUCAGUUAAGUUUGCUAAAGGUAAUGAAUAUAUCAACAACAAGGAGUUAGAGGCUAGAUUGGAAAAAAUGAGCAAGAAUCUUGAAGAAGUGAGGUUGCUUAGUGAUGGAUAUAAAGAAAAAUGGGCAUUACAGUUAUCUCAGAAACAGCAGAUUGAAACAGUCUGUCAAGAAGUUGAUAUGGAGACAACCAGCACAAUUCUUCAUUUGCAGGAAGAGGUUGCUAGUCUUCAGUCAGAGUUAGAUGGGAAGUUAUCCUCCAUUUCUCAAGAAAAUACUGAGCUGAGAAAUAUGGUUUCAGCAAAAGAAAAGGAGAUUAAGUCACUCUGUUUGGACUGGGAAAAGGCAAUCUUAGAACUGACAACCUUCCUUCUAGAAGGAUCCAGAUCUCUCAAUGAUGCCUGUGGCCAAGUGAAAAGCAUUUCUUGUUCAUUUCCCCAGGUCAAUGCUUGGAUUAGUGAACAUGUUGGCAUGGCUGUCAGAAAUUAUAUUCAGAAGGAGGAAACAAUUCAGCAGCUACAAAGUAGUUUGGAGGAUGCACAAAAGAUGAUAUUGGAUAUGGAGAUGAAAAUAAUUUCCUUAAAGGAAGCAACUGUAACCUUAAGUGCAUUUCAACAGCUAGACAACCAUAAAGGCACUGAAGAGGUAACUCGGUUAAGAGUGUUGUUAAAUGAGAAGUCAAAUAUGAUAAUGAGGCUGGAAAGUGAAAUAAAAUUUAAAGAUAAUCAACUUUGUAUAGCAGCUAAACAAGCUGAUGCUGCAUUCCCUGUUGCAAAAUGGCUUUCUGAUAGUCAUAAUGUAGCUCACAUGAAUUAUGAUGUUGAAGAUAUUUCCAUUCCUGAACUAGAUAUGCAAGCUCGAGUUGGAAGUUGUACUAUUUCUGAGAAUCAAGAUGUGGGGAAUAUUUUGAUACUAAAUAAUCUAUUGGGUCAAGUUGAGUUAACAAAACUAGAAGUAGGGGAGAUGGAAAGUUCUGUAAAAGCCUUUUUGGUUGAUACAGAAACACAGGUAGCAACUUUCCAAACUGGUGUAUUGGGUCUUUCUUCUGCUUACAGGGAAUUCAUUCAGGGCCUAGUCAAAGAAACAAAAGACAUGAGGAGUGAAAUAAGGGAUUUAAAGAUGCAUCAUAGAAGUUGUGACGGUGUCACAGUUGACUCCCUGACAUCAAUUACAAACAAAUGUCAGGUGUUCACAGAUCAGGAUCACACCCUGCAUCAGAUAAAAGAGCAACUUGUUGAAAUGAAUAAAAGAUUGAAUAUCAUAGAAAAUUGUAUUAGUACAAAAGUAGAUAUGUCUAGAUUGCAACUGGUGGAUGCAGAUGAUUCUGAUGAAUUGAGCACUGAUAGUUCUGAUUUAUCAACUGAGACUGAGAGCGUUACUUCUGAAAGCAAGUCACAUGGAUUCUCAUAUACUUGCAAUUUUAAUUCUCCUGAAAAAAUAAAUGAACAAUUGUUACACCUAAAAUGUAAAAACGGUGUUGUAGUUCAACCAGAUGAUGAUUGCAAUUCAUCAAAUAAAGGAACACUCAUUGAAAGACCGAUCAAUAAUGAAGCAGCAAUGUCCUAUUUGAGAAAAGAAUUAAAUGUGACGUAUGAUGGUUUCCAAAGAGUGUAUGUUUGUUUUUCUGCACUUCUCAAAGAGUUGGAUGAUGGAUCCUGUUCUAACCUGAAAGAACUGAAAAAUGAGGCUCCAAUUUUCCAGUUGAGGAUGCAGAAAGAUGAAACAGGCCGUGAGAGUGACAAUGAGGUAUUCGGUUAUGGCGAUGUUAAGGCUGAUGAUAGCUUCUUAACCAAAUUUAUGGAAGCUCAUGCAGUUGUGAAGGAAGCAGAUCUUACUCUACAUGCUUUGACCAAAGCAUUUGAAGAGUCAAAACAGCUGAGUGCUAUGUGGAAGCAGGCCGGUGAAAAGUCAAGGGUUGAGAAAGCAGGUUUGGAAGAAAAGAUUCUAAAGCUAAAAUCUGUAAUACGUCAUAAAGAAGAAGAGAAUGGAUUACUGAAGGACUACAUCCAUUUCAGCUUGAAAGAGAUGACAAAUUCAAUUUCUAUCCUCCAAGACUGUUUCUCGCAAAUGCAAACCGAUGUGGAGAAGAAAUUCACGAUAAUAUAUUCUGAUGUUCUUCUCAUGUGGAAGGAGAUAUUAUACUUUACGAACAACCUGAGGUCAUCAGUAGAAGAUACAUGCUCUCUGGUUGUGAAUGAAGGGUUUAUAUCUUUUGUUCUGCAUAAUUGCUUUUUAACAGAGCUUGUCAGUAAGUUUUCUCACUUUAGGGUAAACCAUGAAUUGCAAUGCCAAUCAGUCAGACAAGAGGAACUGCAUAAUUUGCCAAAAAUUUGCUCAAGUAUUGCAGAGCCUGUCAUGAGUACCAGUAAAGAAAGUACGGGGAAAAGAGAUCAAUGUAUGUUAAUCCAAAAUGUGGAAGAGGAUCCAGACUUUCCUGAUGAUAAUGUGUUAUAUGAAAAUAUGGCUCUUAGAAAAGAGUUAGAGCGGAAACAUGAGUUGUUAGAGGGUUUACUUUUUGACUUUAGGCUGCUGCAGGAAUCAGCUUCUAACAGUAAGGACUUUAAGGAUCAGACUGAGAAGUUAAUAUUUUCUCUCAGGCAAGUUCGAUAUGAGCUAGAGAUUAAGUCAAGUCAGCUUGAUAAUGUACUGGUUCAAAAUAGAAAACUUGAAGGUUCUCUUGCUGAUACUGAAAAGGCCUUAGCUGCAUCAAACUAUGAGCUUAUGCUUGCUAAAGAAUCCAUCGAGAAUCUUUCUGAACAAAAUGUAGACUUAAGGGAGCUUCUGAAUGAAUUAUAUGCAAACAACACUGAAGCUGAAGGGAAAUUGGAUGAGCAUAAAGAGGUGAUAAAAGGCUUGGAAAAAGAAAUCGCUAAUCUGACAGCUUCACUGGAAAACCAAUCACUUUCCUUGUUUGAGAGCAUUGAGGAUGAACUAAAUCAGAUGAUCGUAGAAAGAGACCAACUUCUUGAAGAUGUUCGUAUCUUGAAUGAUAAGCUUGAGAUGGCUUAUUCCUUGGUUGAUGAAAAGGAAGCUGUUGCCAUGGAAGCUCGCCAGGAGUCAGAGUCUAGUAAGCUCUAUGCUGAGCAAAAGGAGGAGGAAGUUAAGAUUCUGGAACAUUCUAUUGAAGAGCUUGAAUCUACCAUAAAUGUUUUAGAGAAAAAGGUGUAUGAAAUGGAUGAGGAGGUGGGAAGACAUCUUUCCAUUAAUGAUUCACUAAAACUGGAACUCCAAGCUUUCAAAGGGAGGUUAUUGUUAGUUGAGAAUCUCCCGAAAAAUGCAGAUUCAGAAAGUUCAAGUGAUCAAACUGACAAGCAGAUAUCUAGGCAACAAUCCAGUAAAAUACAGGAACUUCACGAGGCAUUGAAUCGUAUAAAGCUUCUUGAAAAGGAAAAUGCAGAACAGGAUAACGAGAUUAAAAGGUGCAGAGAGUACAUCUCUGAAAUUGUAUUGCAUGCUGAAGCCCAAGCAUUGCAGUACCAACAGAAGUACAAGUGUCUGGAGUCCAUGUUCCGCGAAGUGAAAACAGAAAUGUCAUAUUCAACAUCAGCGGUUCCAACAUCAGAGAAAAACUCAACAAGGAAUAGAGGUUCGAGCUCACCAUUCAGAUGCAUUUCAAAUAUUGUUCAGCAGAUGAAUCAUGAGAAAGAUCAAGAAUUGUCAGUAGCAAGGCUCCGUGUGGAAGAACUAGAAGCACUUGCGGCUAGCCGGCAAAAGGAGGUAUGCAUGCUACAAACAAGGCUGGCUGCUACUGAAAGCAUGACCCAUGAUGUCAUUCGGGACCUUCUCGGUGUCAAAUUGGACAUUACAAGUUAUGCAAAUUUGAUAGACCAAAACCAAAUUGUGAAGUUAGUGGAGGAAGCUAAUCAACAAAGAGAAGAGUUCUUUGAAAAGGAAAAAGAGAACCUCGACCUGAGACAGCAGCUUAGUAAUCUCAUUGAAGAAAGUGAAAGCUGCAUGUUAGAACUGAAAACAAAAGAGGCAGACGUGCUAGCUACUCAGAUAGCAGUACAGCAACUCCAAGAGCGAGAUCAAUUGCUUUCUGCACAAAAUGAAAUGUUGAAGAUGGAUAAGACCAAUCUCAUGAAAAAAGUUGCAGAAUUGGAUGACAUGGUGAAAACAGUACUAGGGACACGACAUACUCAACACGUCCGGCAGUCAUCAAAGGCCAAGGAUAAUGGCGCUGGAAAUUUGGGCAACGUUGGACUCAGUAAGAGGUUGUCACAAGCUGAAAGGCUUUCUCGUGUCAAUAACGAGCUUGCUCAGUAUCGCAAAGCUGCUGGAAAUAAUUCACACUGCUAACAACCAAGUUUUUUGGUGUCUGGUUUAGUGUGGGAUUUAAUGUAAACUGUACAGAUACUCUUCAAUUGUAUUUAUUUUUUACAACUGAAAAUGAGCAAAAAAGGUGCAAUCUGAAGGCUUACGAGGAGAUCACCUAUCCUCGCACUAGUCCAAACACACUUCAUUGGAGAGUUAUGAUGAGAUAUGUGCACUAGUGUUGGUAUGAUCGCACCCUGUACAAUUGUAUAAUUGAUUCCACGUGUUGUAUUAAAAGAAGAUGUAGGCAUAAAUUUCUCAAAAAAAUGUUGGCAUAUGCCUAUUUGUUGUUAUUUUAUGAUAUCCAAUUUGCCCUUUGCCUUGUA